UGCAGUGUAACCACGUACUCGCUUGCACUGUCUUCCUUGAGAUUUCUCUAGCGAUCCACUAGCCCUCGACGAUGAAAAUGGCUUCCCCUAGGGUUUUUCUUCUGUGCGGCCUCCUCUUGGCCGUUCUUGUUCUCAUGGCUGCGCAGGUCUCAGCUCGUGAGCUGGCUGAGGAGACUCAGUCAGAGGAGAGCGUGAAGGAGGCUAACUACGGCCACGGAUAUGGACCUGGCUAUGGCAAGGGUCAUGGCAGCUACAGCCAUGGCGGAAAGGGGUAUGGAGGCGGCUAUGAAAAGGAUCAUGGCGGCCACGGCCACGGUGGUCACGGCCACGGCGGUCAUGGCCAUGGCGGUCAUCACGGUGGUCACCCUCUGGAAGAAACUGAAGAUGUCAAGAAUUAGAUAAUGGACUCAAUGGGUCCAUCAUCCUGUGGGGAUUGUAUGAGAAUGUAUGCCACGUAACUCGUGGAAGCUUAAAAGCUUUUGUAAUAAUGGUCGAAUAAAACGGUUUCUUCACUGUUGUGAGCA